GCCACGUAGAAAUCGAGUUUAUAAGACUCGAAAUCUGCACGAUAUAUCAAUCUGACGCUUUUAAACACUCUCUCAGUUCAAACACCCUCUCACUCAAUCUCUCAGUUCAAACACUCUCUCUUAGUCUCUCAAACACUCUCACUCAAACACCCAAAUCAGUCAUCCUCAACCCCUCGGCGUGCAACAAAAAUCACCCUCACCCUCAAAAGCUCUCUUUUUCCUCACAAUCGGCUUUAGACUUGAAAAUCCCAUACCUUGAAAAUCCCUUUUCCUCACAAUCGGCUUCACCCUCACCCAUACCUUGAAAUCCCUUUUGUCCCUACCAACGGAAGUUUAGAUUUUUCAAGUUUGAAGGUCGUUUACAGUCAGAUUUCCAAUCUGACUGCUGUUAUUGGUCAGGAUAUUGGCAACCAGUCCAGCUUCUACAUUAGGGAUUGGAAUACUGACUGGGAUUGAGCCUUUAAUUUUUCAACCAACUUGGAUUUCUUAGCUUCUUGCAUCCAGAAGACUAAUGGUUAACAUCUCUAUAUCCUCAUCUAUUCAUGGCGGUUUUCACUCUCCUACAGGAGACAUUACACAUCACUUGUGUUCAGCAGCAGAAUUGAAGUUUUACUUCAAUAGUUUCUUUGAAAGAUCUGGGAGUACCAAUUACUUGAAACCUAAUAAGAACUGUAAUUUAACCUCAUGGGUAGAAGGCUGUGAGCCGGGAUGGGCUUGUAGUGUUGGCUUAUAUCAGAAGGUUAACCUAAAUGAUUCAAAGGUCAUCCCCGCAAGAACACUCAACUGUCAGGCUUGUUGUGAGGGUUUCUUCUUCCCUCAUGGUCUUACCUGCAUGAUUCGGAAUCCAAACCAUACUUGUGGAGGAGCAAAUAUUUGGGCUGAUGUUGGUAGUAGCAGUGAGUUAUUCUGUUCAGCUGGAUCAUAUUGUCCAAGUACCACCAGCAGACAGACUUGCACUAACACUACUGCAGGAUGGGUUCUACAUCUGAGAAAAGGUCAUCCAAAUGUGAAGGCCAUCCAUUCAUCUAAAGGUGUUGGUGAGCCUCCAUUUUUUUCUGGCCUCAGCUAUCUUUUUUGUCAUCAAAGAUGCCAUUACAGCUGCAAGAGCAGAAGUGGGUUGUAAUGACUAGUUUGCUCUGGAUAAUCCCGCAACACCCAAAUGCAUCCGGAUGGCUUGUUUGGAUGAGUUGACUGCACCAUUUAUAUGUCUAUUGUUUCCACCCUAAGCUCAGUGUUUGAUGCAAUAGCCUUAUUUCAAUUUAGCAUAUCUCUCAGUUCUCACUUUGUACAGUUUACUUGUCUUUAACAUGGUGGUUACAAAAUAAAAUGAAAUAAACUGACUCUGCUAGUCAGGGAAGAGCAAGGGGAACACCUUUUUUGUAAGUUAAAUAAUGGUAUUCUCAUUGUUUACUAUGGUACAAGAUGUACUUACAUCAGCACAAUUAGAGGAUCUCAACUUAAAAGAUGUACUUAAAUUUUGUUUCUAGAAAAAAUAUUGUAAUUUCAUUGCUAAUUGCUUCCCCGUUUGUAAUAUGUAAACCUGAAAAUUCAGUUCUCUUUUCUGUC